AUGGAACCAAAUCCAAUAUUUAGCGAAUUUCAAUUAGAAUUUUUUAAAAGAAUUAAAAUGCAACCAAAAUCAAUAGAAACAUUAAAUGAUGUUUCAGAAGUGAUGAGUGGUUGUGCACAAAUUUUUUCAUUUGAAAAUUUAGAUGUAGUUGCAAAUACAACUGAACCUUUAAAUAGAGAAGUGAUAAUUCAACAACUUGUAAAUAAUAAACAAGGUGGAUUAUGUUAUAAAAUUAAUUCUGUAUUUUAUUAUUUUAUUAAAAGUUUUGGUUUUAAUAUUUAUCAAGUUAGAUGUUGUGUUGAAAAUCAAGAAACACAUGAUUGUUGGCAAAUUAAUGGUGCACAUAUUAUAAAUAUAAUUGAAUAUGAAAAUAAAAAAUAUUUAGCAGACGUUGCAUUUGGAUGUAAUUUAUCAUAUGAACCAAUUCCAUUUUCAGAAGAGAUUAUUGAAUCAUGUACAGGUUUAUAUCGUAUUCGUAAAGUUGAUAAUAUUAUUAGGGAUAUUAAAUAUACAUAUCUUUUAGAAUUUAAAAAACCAGAUUCAUUUUCACCAGAAUCUGCUCGUUUAUGGACCAAUGGUUAUGCAUUUGAUCCAUUGGUAAAAGCAAUUGAUAUUGAUGAAAAUGAUAAAAUUGAUAGUCAUGCAACUCAAAUUCAACAAUUAAUUAUUGAUGAUCCAACAAAAGAAUUUAGUGUUAAACCUUUAGCUACAAAAGUUGUAAACAAUGAAUCAAUAGCAACUUUAACCUCAAAUUCAUUCACUUUAACAAAUUGUAAAACUGGUGAAAAAACAAAAGUUACCUUUGAUAUCAAUAAUGAAAUCAAACAAUUAGAACAAUUUAAUCAACAUUUAAUUUCAAUUUUUAAUUUACCACCUUUAAAAUUUUUACCAAAAAUUUAA